UCGUCAACGUCAAAAUCGACAGCGUAGCGUAAACAAGUUUUUUUUUAAUUGAAUUUUAUUCAUCGGAAAAAGUGAUUCAUUCGCCUUUUUCCGUUCAAUUCGGGUCUCUCGUAUCUAGUUUUAGGUCACCGGCUGUUAUUCCAGUUGUAAGCGCUAUAAAAGCAGUAGUGAUUUCACCGCGUCGUGUGAGGUAAAAUUGGGCGAGUCUGUUCCAACAAAAUGAGCGUUUUGGGAUUCAAUGAUAUUGUCCAGGGCCCUUUGGCUCAGUACUUGCAAUACUCACAACAAAUCGGCGGUGAUGUAGCCGAACAUUCCAACCUAGUCAAGGGAGCCUUCCAGGCACAACUGCAGUACAUACAGUUGGCCACUGAGUCAGCCCAACCUAGUCAGACUGAAGUCAUCAGUCUCCUGAAACCUACCAGUGAUAAAAUUAGUGCGAUCCAGGAUUUUAGGGAGAAGCACCGGUCCUCUCCUUUCUUUAAUCAUUUAUCUGCAAUCAGUGAAAGCAUUCCUGCAUUGGGAUGGGUAACAGUCAGUCCAGCCCCUUCGCCUUAUGUAAAAGAAAUGAAUGAUGCCGGGCAGUUUUAUACUAACAGGGUGUUGAAGGACUGGAAGGAGAAGGACAAGACUCAUGUUAAUUGGGUUAAGGCCUGGAUACAAACAUUAGCAGAUCUUCAAGCUUUUGUGAAACAAUAUCAUACCACUGGCCUGGUAUGGUCUGGAAAAGGUGCUCCAAAAGCAGGAGGUAUACCUCCACCACCACCAGGAUGUCCUCCACCACCACCUGUAUUAGAUUUUGACUCUGCUGCUGCUGCAGGUGAUGCAGAUCGCUCCGCUCUCUUUGCAGAAAUCAACAAGGGAGAGGACAUAACCAAAAGUCUUAAAAAAGUCACUUCUGACAUGCAAACUCAUAAAAAUUCAGCAUUGAGGCAAGGUCCUGCGCCAUUUAAACCUCCCGUGUGUAAAAAACCAGUUUCAGCAGUAAAACCCGUUAGCAAUGACAAGCCACCUGUCUUUACCAGGGAUGGCAAAAAGUGGCUUAUUGAGUACCAAAAGAACAAGACCGAUCUUGUGGUGGAUGGCGUUGAAAUGAACAACGUUGUUUACUUGUACAAAUGUGAGAAUUCCACAGUACAAGUCAAGGGAAAGCUUAACUCUAUAACUAUGGACAGUUGUAAGAAAACGUCUAUAGUUUUUGACAGUUUGGUGUCAUGUAUGGAGUUUAUUAACUGUCAGUCAGUUCAGAUGCAAGUCUUAGGUAAAGUGCCGACCAUUUCCAUUGAUAAAACUGAUGGAUGUCAAGUGUAUCUUAGCAAUGACUCCUUAGACGUCGAAAUUAUAACCUCAAAGUCUUCUGAAAUGAAUAUUUUGAUACCAAAAGGUGACGACUAUAUUGAGCAUGCCGUUCCUGAACAAUUCAGGACCAAAAUAUCCGCUAGUAAAAAUUUGCAAACUGAAAUUGUUGAAAAUAAAGGUUAGGCUUUUAAUGUUGUUGGGAGUUAUCAAAUUGUAAGGUUAAUUUAAUUUUGGAUGUUGAAAAUUUUCAGGACUGACGUUUGCAUUCAAUCUUACAGUUUGCAAUAUUCGUAUUAAUAUCAUAAGUGAAGUAAGUUUGCAAUUUUUUACAUGAUAACUGCUGGCCAUUUAAUGAGGACAGCAAUAGUAUUCAAAUAUUAUGGUACCUAAAUGCAUUUAAAACAUAUUCAAUUUAGUAAUUCCAUUAAGAUACCUGUAAUGAUAUUUAAAAUUAGUCAAAUUGUUUUGCAAGUGUGUUUAUUGAGGGAUGUAUUUAGUUUUAGUACAAGUAUCCAGAGUUUUAUUUUUCUGAUUUGACUCCAAACAGUUGUACCCCUGCUUCUUAUAUAUUAGCAAUUAUUUACUUAUCAAUUAUAUAGAAAUUCAUAAUCAUAAAACAUAAUUUUUUCUUAGUAUUUAUCUUGCUUUAUAUGGAUAGGCACUCGUUUGCUUCCAUUUAUUAAAUGAUUACAGAUUGUUAUCAUCAUAUUUGGACUUUUUUUUAAUGUAAUUCGCGUCUAAUUAAUUUUGCUAUUCUACC